GAGAGGCGGGGCGGGGCCGCACUCUGCUUGCCAAGGUCUUUAUAGGUCACCCGGAAGGCACGCGGAGCCUCGGCGCGCUGCUCCCAGCAUUGUCUCUCCGCCACUCCAGCCCCGCGCCCCUCGCCGCGGCCCUCGGGCGUCUGCGCCGCAGCUGCUGCCCCCGCCUCUUUGGAGUCUCUCGCGGCCGCGAAGCGCGGCCUGCGUCGCUUCCGGAAGUUCCCGACCGCCGGCGAUGGCUGCCGCUGGGGGCGCCCGGCUGCUGCGCGCCGCUUCUGCGGUCCUCGGCGGCCCGGCCGGCCGGUGGCUGCACCACGCUGGGUCCCGCGCUGGAGUCAGCGGCCUGCUGAGGAGCCGGGGGCCGGGCGGGAGCGCGGAGGCGAGCCGGUCGCUGAGCGUGUCGGCGCGGGCCCGGAGCAGCUCAGAAGAUAAAAUAACAGUCCACUUUAUAAACCGUGAUGGUGAAACAUUAACAACCAAAGGAAAAGUUGGUGAUUCUCUGCUAGAUGUUGUGGUUGAAAAUAAUCUAGAUAUUGAUGGCUUUGGUGCAUGUGAGGGAACCCUGGCUUGUUCAACCUGUCACCUCAUCUUUGAAGAUCACAUAUAUGAGAAGUUAGAUGCAAUCACUGAUGAGGAGAAUGACAUGCUCGAUCUGGCAUAUGGACUAACAGACAGAUCACGGUUGGGCUGCCAAAUCUGUUUGACAAAAUCUAUGGACAAUAUGACUGUUCGAGUGCCUGAAACAGUGGCUGAUGCCAGACAAUCCCUUGAUGUGGGCAAGACCUCCUGAACUAGAACAAAUAGGAAUAUUUUCAUGUAAUUUUACCUAUUUUUAUAAUUAUUAUUUCUUAAAGUGAUUAAAUGAGAACAUGGAUGGGUGGACUGCGUAUUAUGACUGGCUUUACUAUUUUAAUUCACCUUGCAUAACUACUGAAUUUUGUCAUUCUUGAAAGUAUGCAAUUUUUAUUUUGGUUAUAUUACAAAAAUGUCAAUCAAAUAUUAAAAAAUAGUUAAUGUGAUAGAAAAACCUUACAUAUUUUUUCUUAUGUUUGUUUAUCAACUUUAGCAAAAUGUUUUUAUAUAAUCUCAUCUGUUUACCUACAAGAUAGGUUAAGGAAAUAUAUUAUUAUUCCUGUUUGAUGUGGGUGAAGGCAGAGAUCUAACCUGGCUUGUUUAGGGCCAUACCACUAAUUAGAAAAUCUGUACUAGAACCUGUGUCUUAUUACUAUAAGCUGUGUGUUCAGACUGAAACUGGAGAAAUUAUGACUAUUUUAUUUAUAGUAGUAGUUAAAUCUGAAUGUGUAUGGACAAAAAUAUUUAAUUGCUCAGUAAACUGCUUAACUUCAAAGAUAGUUAUUAACCUUAUAAAUAAAUAUUUCAAAAUUUUGAUUCUGAAGUCUAAGUCUGAACGUAGACAUUAUAAUGCUAUCAAAGAAGUUUGAUCUCUGUUUUGACUAAACUAGAGGAAAAAUGAUUGGAUGUGUUUAUUGUUUUCUAAGCAGAAUGGUUUAACUUUGUACUCUUUGAAAAAUAAUGCUGAUUUAUAAAUCUCUGCCUAUAACAGAAUGGAAACCUUAUGAAUGAAUUGUGUUUCUCUGUCUUGAGCUGGAGAAGGGAAUGAACAGGCUGACACGUUGCACAGCCCCAGGUGGCGCCAUUCUCUCACGCAAGGAUGGGGCUGCAGUGUGUCAGUCCCAGGAGGGAGGGAGUGGCGAGCACCACAGAUUACCACCUAUGUGUAGAAGACAUUUGUAUCCUUAUCUUUACUAUAAAUAAAUUCAUAAAAGUUAA